AUGGGCCAGACAGAGGACGCACUAGAAGCGCAGCAUGGCACCUGGUGGAGGAGCUGCCCGCACAAGGGUGAGGUCAUCAUCCGUAAGCAGGUCCUCCUCACAUCAAACGAGAUCACCCGCGUUCCGUUUGGACAGCUUGUCUUGCAGGCAGGACCUCUGAAGGUCUUCAAAGGCGGGCUGGUUCGAAUGCCGCUCCAGCCCCGCGGCUGGGUGACCAUCGAUGCAACGGCCAUUGGUGGACCUCUGUACCUCCAAAAGGUGGCCCCGCUGCCUCACGCCCCUACCGGUGAAGGCCGAGGGCCCAAGGCGCCGCCGAAGGCGCCACCAAAGACAGCCUUUGAGGCGCCGCCAACGAAGGCUCAAUUUCAAGUGCCCGAGACGGACCGACGGCGACCGGGACAACACUUUCAUGAAGGUCUUGGUGCGCAAGGCGCAGGCAGUGGCAACGCUGGCUCCACGGAGGGGCCAUGCAACCGCCGCUUGAGCCCUGUGAGCCCCCCGAGGUUCUGCAGCUGGCGAGGAGCGGCUGCGUCGA